AUGAGCGUGGUAUCAGGCAAACGGACAAGCAAGCCUGCUAGUGUUGUAAGUUUUCAUCAGAGUGGGGCAUCAGUAACGGGACGUAGUACAGCUGGUAAACAAGUCGGCGUUCCUUCCAUGAACAACUCAAAUUCAUCUCCAUUUAAUGCUGUCACUGUCCCAAAUUCCGCAAAAGGAAGGCUUCUUGGCGACCAAGAAAUCACUGAAGAAGAGUUAGAACACCUGGCUGACGUAUGCCGACGAUAUGACAUGCUUCAGCGUCAGGAGGAUGAGCGUAUAAAAAAUAUUCGAGAAAAGGCUAUUUCAAAGGAGAAGGCUCGUCGCGGAGUUUCUCGUUACGACGAAGCCCAUUGUGCCCUUUGCGGCGCAGCUUUUAUGGCACUCUUCAAUCCUAAAUCUUUGUGUCAUCACUGUGAAUUAUAUGUUUGCCGCAAUUGUGUUCAAAAGCGAUUGGACUCAGAGAGCGUCCUCUGCAGGGCCUGCUUUAGCGAGUGCACAAACAAGGCGAGAACAGGUCUCUGGUUCACAGAAAAACUACAGGUGGCGAAAAAAGACGGUCGUGUCAUAGGAGUAGCCCCUACCAGUGCUCUUCGGGCCUCUCUCAUUCGCAAACGAAGGGAAAAAAGCGCGGCCUCCUCUGUCGUCGGAAUGUUACAGCCAACUCCACAAAGGCAAAAUGGGUCAAUCACCGACCCCGUGAAGGAGGCAGCCCGAAGAUUGGCACGAGAAAACGAUAAAGACCAUAGCUUGAGUUCUAACACUUCGCAACGCCCCCCUCGUCCGCUAUCACCAGCCACGGGAGCGGAACAGUUGGCAUUCAACGUGAUCUUCUCGGGUGUGGAUGAAUUGCCCAAGACCCUCCCUCGUAUGAAGUCACGACAACAGAGCAGCUCCGGGUACAACACCCCCAAUACCCUCACCGGCUACUCCGAUGUAAACAAUUGGGACAACAGGUCUAUGCUCAGUGGGGUGAGUGUCGGCUCAGUGACAAGUGUCUACAGCGAAAGGGAGGAGAGUUUCACCCACGGCAUUGUCAUCACCGGGGAGUUGAGUUUCUCCAUCGACUACGAUGACAAGAGCGGCUCACUGCGGAUCUUCGUAAAACAGGCGCGCGACGUGGCUAAGGCCGAUAAGAAGACAAACAGCUCGAGCACGUAUGUGAAGACCUAUCUCCUGCCGGAUAAGACAAAGCAGAGUAAGCGAAAGUCCAAAGUGAAGAAGAACUCCACCAAUCCGGUGUUUAACGAGGCGUUGGUUUACACCAUCGCAAAGUCGGAUUUAGCCUACCGAACUCUCCAACUCUCCCUGUGGCACCAUCGUCAUAUGAAGGCGAACCUCUUCCUGGGAGAGGUGCUUGUUCCUCUAGCCGACUAUCGAUUCAGCUCAACGCAGAUCUGGAGGGCUCUUCAGAAUAGAGGCUCCUUGGAGGGCAAUUCUGAUUACAAUUUUACGAAGGGUCGAAUCCGCUUGGGUCUCAAAUUUCUUCCAGCUACACAGGGUGAUUUGGGUGAACUCCAAGUCUAUGUGAAAAACGCGACAGAUUUAAAUGUUCCGGUAGGUGCAUCCGGGGAGUCGGACCAAAAAAAUUCCCUCAAUCCUGUAGUGAAAACUCACCUUCUCCCAGAGAGAACAAAGGAUUCCAGACGCAAAACAAAGGUGGUGAAAAAAACUAACAAUCCAACCUGGGAGGAGACUCUUGUUUACAAGGGAAUAGCAAAAACCCAAUUGCCCUCAAUCGGCGUGGAGGUUAUUGUCUGGGAUGUCAAUAAGUUGGGUCACUAUGAUUACCUUGGUGGGUGCAAUCUCAACACUGGUUCAAAAUCGGGCUUUGGCAUGGAUGCAACUGGUACAGAGCGGACCCUUUGGGUUGAAAUGAUGAGCAAACCGAAUACUAUGGUGGAGGGAAGUGUGCAGCUACGAUCAGCAAUGGAAUGA